CCCCCUGCGGCUCGGGAGCGGCUCCACGUCGGCUCCGCCGGGUGAGACCGGGCUCGGGCGGAGCCGGCGAGGGCUGCAGGGCUCCGGGCUGGUUACAGCGAUCAUGGCAGCCCAGAAGGACCAAGAGAAGGAUGCCGAGGCGGAAGGGCUGAGCGCCACGACCCUGCUGCCCAAGUUGAUUCCCUCUGGCCCAGGCCGGGAGUGGCUGGAGCGGCGACGGGCCACCAUCAGGCCCUGGGGAGCCUUCGUGGACCAGCAGCGCUUCUCACGACCGCGCAACCUGGGCGAGCUGUGCCAGCGCCUGGUGCGCAACGUAGAGUACUACCAGAGCAACUAUGUGUUCGUGUUCCUGGGCCUCAUCCUGUACUGCGUGGUGACAUCUCCCAUGCUGCUGGUUGCUCUGGCUGUCUUCUUUGGCGCCUGUUACAUUCUGUAUCUGCGCACGUUGCAAUCCAAGCUUGUGCUCUUCGGCCGAGAGGUGAGCCCUGCCCAUCAAUAUGCUCUGGCUGGAGGAGUCUCCUUCCCAUUCUUCUGGCUGGCUGGUGCAGGCUCCGCUGUCUUCUGGGUCCUAGGAGCCACUCUGGUUGUCAUCGGCUCCCACGCUGCCUUCCACCAGAUCGAGGCUUCAGAUGGGGAGGAGCUACAGAUGGAGCCCGUGUGAGGUAUCUGCAGGGACCCAAUGGCCUCCUGGGCCAGCCACCCGCAUCCCUGUCCAUCCCUGUCGUGGACCACCCAGCUGCUUGGGCCAGCAGCCCCCUUCCAUCACAAGCCCAGGGAGGAGCUCCACCUUUAAAAAUAAAGCAGUUGCUGUUCAGCAGAUA